UUGUUACCGAAAUUUAUUUAUAUUGAAAAAUGAAAAAUAAAAACCGGGACCGGCACGUUUGACGGGGAUGGCACGUGUGAUUGAAUGAUUAUCCAGAACCAAAAAAAUGAAACGAUAAAUAGGUAAACUAAGCGAUACGAUAGCAUUACUUUGAUUCGCGUGAUAAUGGGCGGGGGAGGAACCAUGAGGACGGCAGCCAAACUCGCUGGAAUCGGUGUAGCCAGGUCGGGAUUCAGGGGAUCACCGGCAUCAUACUCGGUAGAACAUUCUGUUCGUAACUCGUCGCGUGCGUCAUCUCCUACAAGAGUUAUAUCGCAGGGAGCGAAAACCACUGACGUGAAGCCGCUGCAUACAUCUGUAUCGGAGGAUUUGAAUGACUGGGAAUUCGCUGAUGAAGGCGAUCUGUUUAUGUCCGGUGGAGAGCCUAUGCCGAGAGUGGUGUUCGGUGAUGUUCCUACCUUUCAAGAAGCAAAGGAAGCUACUGCUGAAUUGAAGGAUGCUAUUGAUCAAAUUUACCUUUCAUCUGGUAAUUCUCGAUUUGAGGGCUCAUCUCCUGGUAGCGAACUAUCUGUUCUGUCUCCUCCUGCUAAGGAACCAGUGACCAAUUCUAAUUCUUGUCUUGUUGAGGCUAUUUCAAAUCCCUCAGUGCCUAAGCAUGCCAUUCAUGCUUUUCAAUUGCUUAGCUCAAGUGCUGAGGCCCAGACUGUUGUUCAAUCCAUUGCCUGUGACCCUAAUAUAUGGAAUGCUGUCAUGCAAAAUCCUGCAGUCACUAGUUUCUUCGAAUCACAGCUGGCAGCUGCCGAGUCAACAAACGGUGCUGCUUUUUUCGCUUCUGAAGCUGUAGAAACUCCUGAAAAAGAGAAAGCAAACGAGUCUCAGUUAGACACUGUUUUUGAUUUUAUGGCUAUUCUGCAGAAUUUGAAGCUUACAGUUACUGAAAUGGUAAGCAGAAUGUCCAAUUUCUUUCAGAACAUAUUCCCAACCGCUGAGAAAGACAAAUCUUCAGCUGAUGGAGCAAAUUUCAUGGAUUAUAAAAAUUUGAUGGGAGAAAGUUUCAUGGGAUUGGCAGUUAUGGUGAUUAUGGUUGUACUGAUGAAGAGAGUCUAAACACUCACCAGACAAAUAUUACGCAAUCCGUCGAGCUUUCUUGUCGUUUUAAAUGCUUGUUAAAUAUAAUAAAUACAUUUGAAGCAACAACUUAUGAUCUAGGUAGGCAGUGUAGCUAUUUGCUACUCCUUUAUGCAUUCUCUUAACAUUUGAAGUAUUAGUAUUUUUGUUUGAGUAAAAGUGAAGUCUUGAUGCA